AUGGGCCGUGUCAGAACCAGUUUUGGAACCCCUCGGUCCAACCAUUCGUCGCCGUCCAGGCGGGGCUCACCGUCGAGACGACCUCCCGGAGACGGCGAAUCAGAGCCCGAUGUCGACGUCGAGGACGACUACGCACAGCUUACCGAAAAAGAGAUCGCAAAACGGGUCUCUGAACAUUUGAUCUUACCCGACGCCGCCAACGAAGGACACCUGCUAGGCUCCUCGCAAGGCUCUUUUGGCUCAGUCGCUCAUAACUUAUUGGGAGGGGAGGUGACGCGCGAUAUUUAUCAAUGGUCGGAAAAGCGCGAGAACCCCAUCCACCGUCGCCGGAACUCAGAGCCCGAUGUACGACCAGGUGAACCAUCACGGGAUGACGAUGUGUUUACUGCGUCGGACCUGCGAGAACCGGGAGUGUUCCGCCGUCACUUUGUGCAGAGACAGGCGAUCAUGGCGGGCAGAGAACCCAACAACCCCGUCACGCGCAAUUUCUUGGAUUUCCUUGCCUUGUAUGGCUUCUAUGGCGGCGAUGUAUACCCAGAAGAUGCGGACGAUGAUGAGGACGACGGAUUCUUCAAUGAGAAUGAGGAGGAUGGAGAGACGCGGCCUUUGGUUCGGUCGAGGACGCCUUCGGUGGCAGCUAUUCAGGGCACCUCGGCAAAGAAGGCCUUCUUUAUGGUCCUGAAAGCUUUCGUCGGAACUGGGGUCCUGUUCUUGCCGAAAGCCUUUGCCAACGGUGGAAUGCUCUUCUCUCUCGUCACGCUCGGCAUCAUCGGGUUUCUGACGCUUCACUGCAUGUUGUUACUGGUGCAAACAAGCAGAGAGCUCGGAGGUAGUUUUGGCGACAUCGGAGAGCACCUCUAUGGCCAGAAAAUGCGUCAAUUGGUUCUAGGAUCGAUCGCGGUCUCCCAGGCCGGAUUCUGUUGCGCCUACUACAUCUUCAUCGCCCAAAACCUGCGGGACUUUGUGAUGACCGUAUCAGACUGCAAAUGGAUAUUGCCCGACUGGGUCUUCAUCGUCAUCCAGCUAGUUGUUUACAUCCCGCUCUCCUGGGUCCGCAAGAUCAAGCAUUUCUCCAUCACAUCCCUCGUCGCGGACGUCUUCAUCCUUCUUGGACUCGCCUAUGUCUUGUACUUUGACAUCUUCAUCGUCGCCACCGAAGGCCCCGCGCGCGACUUUGUGUGGUUCAAUAACCAAUCCUUCCCAUUGUUUGUCGGCACUGCCAUGUUUGCAUUCGAGGGCAUCUGCCUCAUCCUCCCCAUCGGCGAAUCCAUGAAGCACCCCGAACAGUUCGGCAAGGUGCUGUCAUGGUGCACCGUCGUGAUCGGCGUCAUCUUUGUCUCCGUCGGCUCCAUGGGCUACCUCACUUUCGGCCCCAAAGUCGAAACCGUCGUCUUCCUCAACCUUCCGCGAGGCCCCAACACCCAAAUCAUCCAGUUCCUCUACGCGCUCGCCAUCAUGCUGUCGUUCCCGCUCACGGUCUACCCGACCAUUCGCAUCACGGAACACGGUUUGUUUGGCAUGCUCGACGGCAAACACUCCAACCUCGUCAAAUGGCAGAAGAACCUGUACCGCGUCGCAUUAGUCGCCUGCCUCGGUGUCGUCGCGUGGGCCGGGUCAAACAACCUUGACAAAUUCGUCAGUCUCGUCGGGUGCUUUGCCUGUAUCCCACUGAGUUUCAUCUACCCGAGCCUGUUCCACUCGCACAUUGCGACAAACAGGUGGGUGAGGAUGAAGGACAUGGCGUUGGUGGUGUUUGGCAUCGUGGCGAUGCUGUACACCACGUCGAUAACGUUGCAGGAGUGGUACGGUGGGAAGCCUGAUCUUCCCGUAGAUAGAUGCACUGUAUAG